AUGAAUUCAUACUAUCAAGAAAAUCAAUUGAACACCACCGCCACCGCCACCAACAACAACAACAACAAUGUCAUGAAUGAAUAUGUCAGCUAUUCAGUUCCUUUAUCUCCUGUCACUACAAACGAAAACGCGCAAGACUACUGGAUGAAUGGUUUAAUUUCAAACUCAGUUCCGAUCUCGCAAACAACAAGCAACUCCGAUAUCAAUUACACCGAAGCACCAAAUCCUAUUAAUUUGACUUCAAUUUUCGAAAACAAUAAUAUUUUCUCCAAUGAUGAUUUCACUUCAUCAUCUAACGACAUAUCCUUGGCCAAUAGCCCGGAAACAAAUGCCACAUCAGACAGUAUUGCUCAUAACUUGGAUGAAGUUAAAGUCAAACUAGAGAACCACAGCCAAGCUGGAUUAGAUGCUUUGGAAUCUGCUUUUGAAACUAAAUCAAUACUAAAAGAACAACCAAAAGUGAAACGAGAACCAAAUACCAAGGAACCAACCAAACCAAAGAGAAGAGCACCAAGAAAGAAGUUGACCGAAUCACAAAAGAAAGCUCAUAACAAAAUUGAAAAGAGAUAUAGAAUCAAUAUUAAUGCCAAGAUUGCUGGUAUUCAAAAAAUCAUUCCUUGGGUGGCUUUUGAAAAGACUGCUUUUGAGACUGGUGAAGAAAAUGAGACUGAAGCCGAGGUCAAAAAUAAUACUAGACUUAACAAAUCAAUGAUUUUGGAAAAAGCCACUGAAUAUAUUCUUCAUUUACAGAAAAAGGAAGCCGAAUAUAUGGCUGAAAAUCAUAAAUUAAGAGAACAAGUUAUUAAAUUGGGUGGUGAAAUAUGA